GAUUCACCACUGACAGGGCUGUCAACGAGGCGUAGAUUCGUUUGUUUUUUUUUGUGUUCUUUAGCAGAUUCUUGUUCUUAGUUCAAUUAGUUAAGGAUCGCGAUGCCCACACCCUUAGAAGCGAAUAACAAUGAGAUCCGAGCGAAAAUCGCGUAUAGUGGUGAAAUCCUCAUCAUUUACAUCAACUGUACCAUUACACUUGAAGAGCUUUGCCACGAAAUAAGGGAAAUAUGUCGCUUUUCCCAUGAACAAAUCUUCACCAUGAAGUGGGUGGACGAGGAGGGUGACCCAUGCACAAUUUCCACACAGCUUGAACUAGACGAGGCCAUCCGGCUGUAUGAGAUCAAUAAGGAUUCCGAGUUGACAAUUCACGUUUUCCCCAAUGCCCCGUCGCAGCCUGGAAUGCCUUGCCAGGGGGAGGACAGGAGCAUCUAUCGAAGGGGGGCGCGACGAUGGCGUAAACUGUACAGAGUGAACGGUCACAUUUUCCAAGCGAAGAGAUUCAAUAGAAGAGCAUUUUGUGCCUUGUGCAAUGUCCGAAUCUGGGGCCUGGGGCGCCAGGGCUUCAAGUGCAUCCAGUGCAAACUGUUGGUGCACAAAAAAUGUCACAAGGCAGUUAAUGUCGCUUGCACCAUUGAUCUUAACAGAGACACGUUGCCACGGGAAGACACUUCCCAGCUAAACAAUGGAGAGGCUCCAGUGGCUGCAAACCAAACCGCGAAAGCCCAUCAGGACUACGCAAGAGAUCUCAAUGAAACUCCUGCGGAUGUAACAGGCGAAUCUGUGCCAGUUGAAGAUCCCAACAGGCCGUUGGAAGAGCUGGAGCCUGGAUCCCAAAGGCAAUAUUCCCUGAAUGACUUCGAAUUAAUCCGCGUGAUUGGUCGUGGCUCCUAUGCCAAAGUGCUGAUGGUGGAACUGAAGAAGACCAAGAGAAUAUAUGCAAUGAAGGUGAUCAAGAAGGCCUUGGUGACUGAUGAUGAAGACAUUGACUGGGUGCAAACGGAGAAACACGUCUUUGAAACGGCUUCCAAUCAUCCCUUCCUUGUCGGUUUGCACUCCUGCUUCCAAACGCCAUCAAGACUCUUUUUCGUAAUCGAAUUUGUGAGAGGCGGCGAUCUGAUGUUCCACAUGCAAAGGCAAAGAAAACUGCCCGAAGAACAUGCAAGAUUCUACGCAGCCGAAAUAUCGCUCGCUUUGAACUUUUUGCACUGCAAGGGCAUCAUCUACCGAGACUUGAAGCUCGACAAUGUCCUGCUGGACCACGAAGGGCAUAUUAAACUGACUGACUAUGGAAUGUGCAAAGAGGGAAUCCGGCCUGGGGACACAACAUCCACGUUCUGCGGAACCCCCAACUACAUUGCUCCUGAAAUAUUGCGAGGCGAGGACUAUGGAUUUUCGGUCGACUGGUGGGCGUUGGGCGUUCUGCUUUACGAAAUGCUGGCAGGCAAAUCCCCAUUCGAUAUUGCUGGAGCUUCUGAGAAUCCUGAUCAGAACACUGAAGACUAUUUGUUCCAGGUCAUCUUGGAGAAAACCAUUAGAAUUCCUCGGUCUUUGAGUGUUAAAGCAGCCAAUGUCCUCAAAGGCUUUCUCAACAAAAAUCCUGCCGACCGAUUGGGUUGCUACAGCACCGAGUCCUUUGUGGACAUUACAGGGCACCAAUUCUUCAAGAGUAUCGACUGGGACUUGUUAGAACAGAAACAAGUACCUCCUCCUUACAAGCCCAGGCUGGACUCCGACCGCGAUUUGGCAAACUUCCCGCCUGAAUUCACCGAUGAGCCGGUGCACCUCACUCCAGACGAUCCGCGGGUUAUCGAGAAAAUUGACCAAUCCGAAUUCGAGGGCUUCGAGUACGUAAAUCCACUGCUGAUGUCUUUGGAGGACUGCGUAUGACACUUUGGAACGCAUGGUUGAAGAUAUGAUUUCCAUUCCGACAUUCCAUUAAAAAUUUGUAUAAACUGGAUGAUUAGCAAAAAAUUGGACUGGGUUAAGUAAUUCAAUUAAUAUUUGGAAGGAGCAAAGUGCUUACAGUUCUUUCUUGGGCAUUAUGUACGAUUUUUCUGACCGCUGGAUUUUCUGAUCUAUGUACAUAUUUCGGGUCAAAUAUAAGCUGCUUUUGCUCCAGGCGACUAAGAUGUGGCUCGAAAAUUGAACUUUCCAUUUUUGUCAGUAUUUAUUCCCCGUUUCUAUUAGAGAGGACCGUAUUAUUAUUUUUUUAAUUAAAGGACAUCUUCAUAUGUUUUUAAGGUGCACACCUAACAGUAUUUAAGUACUUAUUUUUAUUAAUAUGUUGUUGCGUGGAGGUUUUGUAUUAUAUUCACAGCAGCAUCGUUUUAGGGCUUGAACUGCAAUGUGCUGACUUUUUACUAAAACGUUUAUAUACUCUUGUAUGGCAAUUGAAAUAUAUUCUUAUAAAUACAGGG